AUGGAAAAUUCGAAGUGGUUAGAACAGGCUAUAAAAGAAGGACAUAUAAAUUUUCACGAAUAUGAAAAUUUUUCGGACGUUGAAGUAAUUGGGAGAGGUGCAUUCGGGGAAGUAUAUAAAGCAACAUGGAAUAAUCGUGGGAUGAUCGUUGCAUUAAAAAGUCUUUUAAGUCCCCUAGAAGAAAAUGUUAGUCCGCAGUUAUUAAACGAAUUAAUCAAAGAGGGAACUGAGUAUAAUAGUCGAUCAAAUAUUAAUAAGUCCAUCGAUCGAAGGAGUGUUUCAUCAUUUCCGGAAAUUUCACCGGAUUUACUGAAUGCGAUUAAUGAUGUUGACAAGGCUUAUCAUAAUGGUCAUAUUAUUGUUGCAGAAACAAGUUCAACGAAUCCGGAUUUAUCAUCGGAAUUGAUGAGUGCAAUUAACCAGAUGGAUAAGGUUCAUUAUAAUAAUAAUUCCGACAAUGUUACGGAAUCACGUUCAAUAAAAUCACUUAGAAUUAAUAGCUCAGCAUCAUCAAAUUCUCAAAUCACUAGUAGUUCUUUAAAAAGUCCGAGAUUACCCAAAUCACGUCGUAGUUCAUUUAAUUCACCACCAUCAUCUCCUACAUCAUUAACGCACGGUAGAAUUCAAAAUACAGAUAAAGCCUUCUUGGAAGAAUUGUUAAAAUUCUUUGAAGAAUUGAUAGAAUUAUCUCCGGAUACAACUACAAUGAUCUCAAAGCUAAAAGGAUAUUUACAUAAUCGUAUGAGAGAACACAAAUCAACAUUUAAAUUAUUAAACAAAUAUCAUAAUGAUGUAAGGUUCGCUUGUUUGAUUGGAUAUUUCAUGGAAUGUGCUAUUGGCACCGCACAAGAUAAAUACGAAGCAUUUAAAUAUUAUCAAAAAUCUGCUGAUUCAAAAGAUUCUAAUGGUCAAUAUUUUUUAGGUAGAUGUUAUUAUCGGGGUUAUGGAAUCAAACAAGACAGGAAGAAGGCUUUUCAAUUUCUUAAAACAAGUAGUGAUAAUGGUAAUAGUAGAGGUCAAUGGAUGUUAGGUUUUUGUUAUGAAAGAGGCUAUGGUACUGUUAAAGAUCCUACGCAAGCUUUCAAUCAAUUUUUAGCUAGUGCCGAAGCUGGUAAUGUUACUUCCCAAAUGGAAUUGGGUAGAUGUUAUGAAGAAGGUAUUGGUACAAAGAAAAAUAUUCAACUAGCUAUUGAAUGUUAUGAAAAAUCUUAUAAAGGUGGUUACACUCUUGCUAAAAAUAAGUUGGAUAAUAUAUUACGAAUACAACGUCGUCUUCAGCUAUCCAAACAAAUAACAGUAAAUCCCUAA